AUGGAUGGAAAUAAUCGAGUUUGUGUCGUGGUCUAUAAGACUGUGUGUCAUGGUUCUCAGUGUUUAAACUAUAGAAAUGGACUAACGUAUCAGUGUGCGGCAUUCAUCAGAACAAACAACCGUGAUUGUGAGCCGCCAGAAGAAGGAACAAGUGCUGAUUUUAAUUCGGAUGGUUCAUCCUUCUUGGGUGUGACGGACCGUGUUCCCAUCGUGCGAGAAAUGACUUAUAAUGGGAUCGCUGCAAACAUUUAUUCGCUCGUGAAUGGAGCGACCAAGCAGUCCUACAAAAUAUCAUUCUUCGCUCUCAGAGUCGUCGCUUAG